AUGGCAGAGCAGUGGGGAGAAGCAGUCUUUGCAGCAAGGCGACGGGGUGAUGACACAACACGAGAAGCUGCCUUUACAUAUACAAACAGCAAUAACACCAAAGAUCCAUUUGAGGGACCCAACUACCAUAUUGCCCCAAGAUGGGUCUACAACCUGUCCACAUUGUGGAUGCUUAUUGUAGUUGUUGCCUCAACCUUUACCAAUGGCCUGGUGCUAGUGGCCACAGCCAAAUUCAAGAAGCUCCGUCACCCUUUGAACUGGAUCUUGGUCAACCUUGCUAUAGCUGAUCUCCUAGAGACAAUGCUUGCCAGUUCGAUUAGUGUCUGCAAUCAAAUGUUUGGCUAUUUCAUACUUGGACACCCAAUGUGUAUUUUUGAGGGGUACACAGUUGCUUGUUGUGGUAUUGCAGGCCUGUGGUCUCUGACUUUCAUAUCGUUUGAAAGAUGGGUGGUUGUGUGUAAACCUUUUGGAAAUGUAAAGUUUGAUGGUAAAUGGGCAACUGCUGGCAUUGUUUUUACCUGGGCCUGGUCUGCUUUUUGGUGUGCACCACCUGUCUUUGGAUGGAGCAGGUAUUGGCCCCAUGGACUGAAGACCUCUUGUGGACCUGAUGUAUUUAGUGGAAGUGAAGAUCCAGGUGUCCAAUCAUACAUGAUUGUACUGAUGAUUACCUGUUGCCUUAUUCCAUUGGCCAUUAUCAUUCUCUGCUACAUUGCUGUGUGGAUGGCCAUUCGUGCUGUUGCAGCACAACAAAAGGAAUCUGAAUCAACACAGAAAGCUGAGAAGGAAGUCAGCAGAAUGGUGGUGGUCAUGAUUGCUGCUUAUGUUUUUUGCUGGGGACCAUACACCUUUUUUGCCUGUUUUGCAGCUGCUAACCCUGGCUAUUCCUUUCACCCACUGGCAGCAGCCAUGCCUGCCUAUUUUGCCAAGAGCGCCACUAUCUACAACCCCAUUAUCUAUGUCUUCAUGAACCGACAGUUCCGUUCCUGCAUUAUGCAGCUCUUUGGAAAGAAAGUUGAUGAUGGCUCUGAGGUAUCUUCAACAUCCAAAACAGAGGUCUCCUCUGUGGCACCUGCAUAA